AUGGCCGCUUGGUGUUCUGUCUCAGCCUGCAGGGUUUCUGCUUCUUGGGAGCAAGUAAAUGUUUGUUUCAAGAAGACCUCCGUAGAGUCAGGAGGUCCUCCAGGAGUUCCCGCAAGGAAGCCAGAAACUCACGUUUUUCUUGGGGAACGGCCUGCGGAGGAACUUGAAAGCCUAGGUUCAGCCGUUGACCAGAGGCUUCUCGCAGUAUCGCCUUCGGAGGCUUUGCUGGUGCAGUCCUUCCGCCACUUUGACUACUUUCAGGGUAGCAUACACUUUCCCAGGGGACGCUUGGCAGACCCGAGCAACAGGACUAUGCAAGUGAGUGGCUGGGUGAGCGGUACUCAUGGAAUCUUUCGCAAUUGCUGGGGCUGCUAUGCAGGGGUGUGUACAUCACGGAAGCUUUGCUGUCGGAGGAAACCAAGUGCGGCCUGCUUUGAUGGCCUCUAUUUUUUGAAGGAGGUGUGCUGUGACAUGCGGCAGACAGCCUACGAGAACCAUCCUGAGAUACUGACCGAAGCUCUCUACCAACAGCUCGGUAUAGAACAGAAAUAUCAGCGGUUUACUGCUCGCAGAUUGGAGCACCUCGCGUCGCUUGCACUUCCUGUCUGGAAUCGUCGGGUUCUGGAGCUUGGGGCGAGGCAGGGCGAUUUGACGCACUUCUUCACCGACCGGGGCUGCAAUGUCACGAUAGUGGAGCCUCGCAAGACCAACAUCAUUGCACUGCGGAAGAAGCUGUCUCUGGGCUAUCUGUUUCCAGAUCCGCGAAAGGUCCAGGUACUAUCCAUGGACGUGGAGGCCUCAUUGCCAGAAGGGACAUGGGACAUUGUUUUUUGCUAUGGCCUAUUGUAUCACCUGGAAAAGCCGGAGCAAUUCCUGGAGAGGCUCGUGCCACUGGUUUCUGAUUUUUUGCUCAUGGAAACGGUCGUGGCAACGGAGAUUGUGGAUAUUGAUGAGUCUGUAGACGCAGAUUCCAUGUCAUUCCGGGGCCGUGCCCGUCGUCUUCGGCGGGAGGAUGUGUUCCAGAUAUUGAAGAAGCUGUUCCCAUAUGCGUAUGUGCCGAUCACUCAGCCAAAUCAUGAUGAGUUUGAGACAGACUGGGCACAUCAAUCUGGCAACACGCGUCGCGACGCGAUCCUCGAGCAGUUGGAUCGAGAUCCCAUCAUUGCCCACACGAACCGGGACAAGAUCAAGUACUACCACGAGCAGCUCUUCCGCAGCCACCAAAUGCUGCUGAUGGACACUGCAACAUCCGAGUUCUUAUUCCUGAACGACUUCUUUGACACAAAGGGCGACCAUGGUCUCUUCGUGGAAGUCUUCGGAAAGACGACACAGUACUUCCUCGACUCCCUUGAAGGUUUCCUGGGCAACUGCUGGGAUUCUGUUGGUUUGCUGCUCAUGGUCCGCAUUGUGGACUUUUACAGAAAGCGAAUGCAGCAGCGCAAGGUUAGCUGCCUAGACUCCUACCUGGAUGCUUUGCAGCUGCUGCUCUGGCCGAGGUUGAGAGUCGUUCUGGAAGCCAACAUCGUGUCGCUACGGAAGGCCUACCAGCAGAACUUGCAAGCGCCGACGAACAACAAUCCACACUUGGUUACGCGAAGGUUUGCAGAGCUUGCUGCGUCUCUGUAUUUUCUUAGCUCCAGCGAAGACAGUGGACUGCCCGACACAUUGCAGGGGCCACGGUGUGGGUGUGAUCUAAAAGGAUUCAUGGUUGAGGGUAUUUCUCACAGUGCGGGCCCCUGCGCAGAAACAUCUUCAGCAUGUACCUCCUAUGUCAUACAGUCUAAAGUACGAGGACCGCGAAGGUAG